GUCACUUCCUGUUUCUUUAGGGGAACGUGGCUUUCCGUGCAGCGCUCGUCUCUCCAUCUGCGUCUCUGCUGCGGCGGCCGGAACUGGAGUCGGACCCGGAGGGCAGCCUCGCCAUGGACACGGCCCUCAACGACCCACAUAACGGCAGCGCUGAGGCAAGCAGCCCGGCCAACGGCACGACGCGGCCGCCUUCCACGCCCGAGGGCAUCGCGCUGGCCUACGGCAGCCUCCUGCUCAUGGCGCUGCUGCCCAUCUUCUUCGGCGCCCUGCGCUCCGUGCGCUGCACCCGCGGCAAGAAUGCUUCGGACAUGCCCGAGACGAUCACCAGCCGGGACGCCGCCCGGUUCCCCAUCAUAGCCAGCUGCACGCUCUUGGGGCUCUACCUCUUUUUCAAAAUAUUCUCCCAGGAGUACAUCAACCUCUUGCUGUCCAUGUAUUUCUUCGUGCUGGGAAUCCUGGCCCUGUCCCACACCAUCAGGUCAGAAGGAUCUCUGCAGCCUUUGAAGCAGCUUUCUCAGGAGCCAGUACAGGGUCUUGGAUGAGAACAUGACCUUUGG